UCAACAUCGUGAUGUCUAUCGUGAUGGCAUCGUCUAUCGGCCCAACCCUAGUCACUACUAUAAUGUAAGGAAUAACCACAUAAUUCCAGUACUUUACCCAUGUUUGCAGUUUCAUAGUUUUGAUAAUUUUACAAUUAUUCUAAAAUGUGAGAACUAGUAAAAAAAAAAGAGAGAAAGUAAGUGACAACACUUCUGACUGGUAGUGAAUGGGCAUACUCAGAAAAGAUACACACUCAAGCAAGCUAUAAGUAAUAUGGAGGCUACAGAGUGUAAGAUAGAGAAGGAAGGGGGCGUUUACCAUUUCUAGAAAGAAUCUUUCAUAAGCAUAACUGGACCAUAAGAGCAGAGCAAGGCUGUAUUUGACAAUGUGUGUCUAGCACGGCAUCAGAUAACUUCCUCUUUCAUUAUUUUCUACUUCUUUAUCAAAGUCUGAUAACUCUCUCAAGGACAUCCUGUACCUAAGUGCAUGAACAACAACAUGCAGUUUAUAUCCCCAGAUGACACUUGCAGCACUUUACACGUUUUUUUUUUGUUGUUGUUGUUUGUUUUUUUUUCACACGAGUUAUCAAAAUAAAACUUUUAAAAGGAAUCAAAUGAAGAAAAAAAAUGUAUUAGUAUUAAAGUAUUGCUUUCAUUUCACAGAAAAGGAUUGGGUGUUUAGUAUUAAAAAUUUCACCAUUUGCAAAAGAAUAUAAUAAAAUAUUUAUUUCUCUCAUUUCAUCUCCCAGUCCAUCAACCAUCGUCUUUUAGCUAGCUUAUAGUGUUGUAGCCUGACUGCACCCAUCCUGUCUGUCUGAUCCCCUACAGAGACAAAAAGGGAGGAAACUGGUGGUCUUGUUUCUUAUGUUUUUAAGGAAGUAUGUCAUGAUACACUCAAUAAAUUUCCUUGUGUUAUCAACAUCCUGCUGUCUGUAUCGAAUGCAAUAAAAAAGACUGUGUGUGUCUGAUUGCUGAACGAAUUGCUCAUAUGAGCCAAUUCUUUAUAGUGCAUCAAAAAUAUACAGCACAGCCAGUGUAGUCUGAUUAACAAACAAAUGACUUUUAUGAGCUGGUUCUUUAAAUGAAUAGUUCAAACAGAUGAUUUACUGGAUUACUUGGACAAUAUUUGGCUGUACUGCAGUGUACCUCUAGUCGAAGACCCCUAGUCUAAAACAAGGCUAAUUAUUCUUAAUUUUUCUCCUUUUAUACAGUUAGGCCAUUUACAAUGAGAGACAUGUUUCAGUAUGUUAUAGAUCAGUAUGUUAUAGACAGUGUGUGGAAUUUUCAAAUCUGUGUGUCAGUUGUUACAGCUGCUUCUGCACCGUCUGGUGGAGCAAAAAAUACAGCCAAGCAGACAGACAAUAACAAACAAAGGGCACCCCAGUACACAAAACACCCUCCAGUACAGUAGUAAUGAGGGUCUCUAUCCCAUCUCUGAGCCUUUUUCCUCCCUCCCCUGAGUUCUCUCCUCACUGAGAAUUGAAGGGAUUUAAAUGCCCUUCAGCUUUGACAAAAUGAUUCUGUUCUGGAACUUAACUUAUAGGCCUACAUGUGAUUAUUUUCCUCAAGGUAUUGCCAUUGCUUAAUAACACACAGUAAGCUUAUGACUUAGGAUGAUUUCAUUAAUGUGCGUGCACGAAUUUAGUGAAUCCAGUGAAAACAAACAAUAAACAUACAUAUACAAAAUACAGUGUUAUCAUUUUCCGCUUGGCAGCCAUAUAUCGUGUAAAUCGAAUGUUGUCCUCAUAAUAUCUUUGUCUGCACUGAGUAAAAGCUGAAUUUUCUAUAUAGCGAGUAUUCCAAAGUUCAGGGCUGGCAGACUUUGGACAGGUUUAAGGACAAGAUUUAUCGAAGCCUAUGCUAUAAACUGUCUCUACAGUCACCAACAUUCAUUCUGACUUCUCUGUGUGUGAAAGGACAGCAUGCAACUUGACCUGGCUCUCUUUCAGCUGUAUUUCAUUCACAGCUGGAGCCAGACCUGCCAAAACAGCCAGUGGGUCUCCAGGCUCAGUGUUGUUUAACUCCCACAGAGACAGAAUGGCAUCAGAACUCACUCCUGCUACUCAGAAGCGGGACUGUGAGGUUAGCUGCUCUAAUGCCCAACAAAGACGGGCUCCCUGGCAUGGUAAGGGGCUGAAAGCAGUCUAACCAAUCACCAGCUGUGGCCCUCUGGAGGCCUUUCAUCGGUUUUUGUGUCCCAUUUUAAAGACAGAAGAAGCUUGCUUCCUGACUUGGAAGCUGUUGGAAUAUCAGUUUCUUUGAAUGAUUCUUUACAUGAAUAAGGCAGAAUUGGGUUGGGGAGAUCUAAUAUUUGGAUACUGUAAUGGAGUGAUGAAUGGGACAGAGUGAACUAUCUAUGAAAAAUGAAUGAUAACAACCUGGUUGGUCUUGCAUUUUGCCCGUUCUGUUUCAUCAGUCCAGCAUUAGUAUUAAUAAGACAAAAUAAUUAGUAAAUUGGAGAUAUGAAACAUAACUAAAGUAUCUGCAAUAAUGGUAAAAAGAAAACCAAAGACAGCAGCAGCAGAAGAAACUUCAGGCAAGAUGUGAAAAAGUCAAUAAAGUGUGAAGUCUCUUGAGUCGCUGUCCUGCAGCUAAAAGAGCAUGUCCAUGAAAAAAAACACACAUCACCCAAAUAAUUUUCUCCCAUGUUGUCUGCUAAAUUUGCGGUGAUAUACCAUACCAUCCUAGACAAAAUGAUACAUGCUUCAUCAGUCACGUGUAGCCAUACUUUUGACUAACUGCACAAAACCUAGCCCAGACUGAAACUUGUUCUGGUAAAGCACCACCCAGGAAAAAAAAACAUCUGGCUAACAAUUAAAUUGACAAACUCCAGUUUGUAUUUUUUAUGUGUCAUUUAGUGGCAAGACUUAUCUGAAAUAGCCUAGAUUACAGUAAUAGACCAGUAUCAAAAAAGAUGAUUUGAUCAGAAUUUCUUCCAUCAAAAAAAAUUAAAUAUAUUGAUUAUUUCACAGACAUACUCAGAAAACAAAUCUGAACUUUAUACUGAGUGCAUUACAUUAAACACCAAGUACUGUAAAUUUCAAAGAUUUCAAACUGAGUAACUUUUUUUCAGAAUUAAAAAAAAAAUUAAAUUAAAAAAUUAAAAAUAAAAAUGUACUCUUACUCCCAGAAGUCACUUAGCACCAGCCAAUCAAAUUAACAUGCCCAUUUUUGUGGACAAUAUCCGUCAGACGGUCAUUAAACAAGCUGUGGGCGAUCACUGGGUGUGCCAUCUGAGACUAAGACUAAUGCUUCAGUCCAUGCAUACACACGCCCCCUUGCAUCCCCUAUAUAAAGAGAAGUCCUCAAAAUGAACAUAUUAAUUUUCUUGAGGCUAAACAUCAAUACAGUACACUUAAAUGAACAUGACUUUGUUUUAUUGUAUAAUUCACCACGUUUUCAGCCCUUGUUUUUCUUGUAUGACAGUUACAUAAAUGCUCACAGCUAAACAAGACAUUAUCUUAUAAUGUGUAGUGUACUGUCAGAAAUAUUCUCUGGACAGUAUUUGCAUCAAUGUCUGCAACAGACCAGACUACCAAAUAUCUGCAUUUGACAUACACAUGGUGAACAGAGAGCAGAGCUAAAGGGAAGGCCAAGGAGAGAGAGCUGUCUCACUAAAGUAAAAUAAAUCUUGUCUGUCUGCAUAGCCAUUGUCAGGAGCCAGCCAAAUAUCCCAUUUAAUCAUUCAACAUAAUUAGAGAGAGACACAUUUGUUUUAACAUAGGCCUGAGAAUACUCCAGACAAUGUCCAAUGUCUUAUUACCAUUCUUGUGUUUAUUUAUAAAAAUAUCACACAGCCUAAUUAUAAUAUAUUAAUUAUAUCUGAGAAGUUGUAAAUCCACCAACCACAGAAAAACAAUAUCUCUCAUAUUUUCCAGGGUCAAUGUAGGACAUCCUACCAAACAAAAUGCAUAAAAAUGCAUUUACUCUGUUGUAACAUCAUGCUUAUUUAACUGUACAGCAAUGGAACAGUAAAGUUACACCUUCAAGCAACAGGCAAUUAAAUGAAGAAAAUAUGCACUACUGUCAGUAAGUCUUUUUUUUUUUUUUAAGAAAUUACAUUUUUAUUCAAUAAGAAUGCAUUAAAUGGCGUUCUUCUGAAUUUUCUAUUCACUAAAGAAAAAUAAAGUAUUACAGUUUCCACAAAAAUACUACACAGCACAAGUGUUUUAAACAUUGAUGAUAAUAGGCAAUGUUACUUGAGCAUUUCUGAAAAUCAUUCUAUUUCUGAAGGAAUUUUCUGUUUUGCCAUUCCAGGAAGAAAUUACAUUUCAAAAUGAAUUCAAAUAGGAAACAGUUAUUUAAAACUGUAAUAUUUCAUAAUAUUACUCUUUUACUGUAUUUUUGAUCAAAUAAAUGCCACAUUUGUCAGCAUAAGAGACUUUUUUGAAAACAUUAACAACCCUUAUCAACCCAAAGCUUGAACUGUAGUGUAAAUAUACAAAUACAAAGUAACUUGAGUGUCAUUUACUGAUACUGACCAUGAUGCACACAUCUGAUGUCGUUUCAACAUACUGAUGAAACUUCUAAUCAUGUCAUGUACUGUAUAUGCAACUGUAAGUCUAUAUAUCUCAAAUAUAGCACAUAAUAUUCACUAUUUUAUCUGGAGGACUGGACAGUGAAUGAAGAGAUUAAAAAAAGAACAAAAACAGGAACAUAGAUGUGGAGAGAGCUCAGGAACAAGAAAGUAAUCUUGUUAUUAUGUUUUUAAGACCAUAGCUACCUGCUACAGUGGAUGCAAGUACAGCAAUAAUCAUCCUCCAGUUGAAAUGAGGACACUUCCCCCAGACAUAAGGAAGUCAUCGCCUAAUGGUUAGAAAGUCGGCCUCGUAACCCAAAGGUUGUGAGUUUGAGUCUCAGGUCCGGCAGGAAUUAUAGGUGGGGGGAGUGAAUGUACAGUGCUCUCUCCACCCUCAAUACCACAACUGCAAGGCACUGACUGCUCCCCGGGCGCCGCAGCAUAAACGUCUGCCCACUGCUCUGGGUGUGUGUUCACGGUGUGUGUGCACUUAGGAUGGGUUAAAUGCAGAGCACAAAUUCUGAGUAUGGGUAGCCAUACUUGGCCACACGUCACAUAAGUAGACAGAGUGCAGUUGCGUCAUACUUAUUAUAUAACUCUACAUUGUCUUUUAGUUUAGAUCAAUAUGUUUUAUAAACUGAAUGAGAUGGUGAGGAGUCAGUGUGCUCAGUCAAUGGCAGUAAUAAAUAGAAAAACAUUAAUAAGCAAACACAGGCAUACAGUAAAGAGAGGAUGGAGCAAGAACUUGUGCCUGUGAGGAAGAUAACGUGUAUAAGUUAGAAAGGGAGUAACUAUGAUUGUGUGUUUCAGGCAGAGAGAAAGAUAUUCAACCUCUAGCAAUUACAGUAGCUAAUGUGGGGCUGGGCCUGGGAAGAGGGAGGGAAUGAAGUAGUAAGGGAGGGAUGAAAGGAGGCUGUGGGAGGAGAACGCUUGGAGGAAAAAGGAAAAGAGAGAAACAGAUGCAAGUAACUCAGGCCGGCAAACUAGAUGCACGCAGGAAGCCGAAGAAGAUACAGGCUCUUUUUGUAGAUGACUGCAGAAUUCAGAGGGUGCUGAGCUCAAAACCAGAGGAAAGUUUGUUUAAAGGCCCCAAGACCCCUAGUGAUGUUGGGCUAUGAUAACAGCUAUGAUAACAACUAGUUGGGAUCUGGGUGCUGGUUUGUGAUGUCAUGGCGGCCGACCUACCGGAGCUCCAAGUUUCGAAACGUCUAUGGCAAAGUGGCCAACCGAGAGCACUGCUUCGAGGGCAUCCCGAUCACAAAGAACGUCCAUGACAACCACUUCUGCGCGGUCAACGCCAGGUUCCUCGCCAUAGUAACGGAGAGCGCGGGAGGAGGAUCUUUCGUCGUUAUCCCGGUCACUCAGUUUGGCCGUAUCGACCCUCACUAUCCAAAGGUCUGCGGUCACCAAGGCAAGGUGCUGGACAUCAAAUGGAAUCCUUUCCAUGACAACAUAAUCGCUUCUUGUUCAGAGGACUCUUCUGUGCGAAUAUGGGAGAUUCCUGAUGGUGGACUGAGGAGGAGUUUGACAGAGUCUGUAUUAGAACUGUACGGCCACAGCAGGCGUGUGGGGCUCAUAGAGUGGCACCCAACCACUAGUGGGAUUCUCUUCAGUGCUGGCUAUGACUACAAGAUCCUCAUUUGGAAUCUUGAGAUUGGAGAGCCAGUGAAAAUGAUUGACUGUCACACAGAUGUGAUCCUCUGUAUGUCAUUUAACACAGAGGGCAGCCUGCUGGCCACCAGCUGCAAGGACAAGAAGCUCCGCGUCAUCGAGCCCCGCUCUGGCAAAGUGCUACAGCAGGAGGCGAACGUUAAAAACCACAAAGUGAACCGUGUUGUGUUCCUAGGCAACAUGAAACGACUCCUAACGACAGGUGUGUCUCGCUGGAACACACGCCAGAUUGCUCUCUGGGACCAGGAGGAUCUGUCCAUGCCAAUCAUUGAGGAGGAGAUUGACGGCCUUUCAGGACUGCUUUUCCCUUUCUAUGAUGCAGACACACAUAUGCUCUACUUAGCAGGCAAGGGUGAUGGGAACAUCCGGUACUAUGAGAUCACCCUGGAGAAACCCUACCUGCAGUAUCUCAUGGAGUUCAGGUCCCCUGCACCACAGAAAGGGCUCGGAGUGAUGCCAAAGCAUGGGCUGGAUGUAGGAGCGUGUGAAGUCUUCAGGUUUUAUAAAUUGGUGACUCUAAAGGGCCUGAUUGAGCCAAUCUCUAUGAUUGUACCUAGAAGGUCAGAGACAUAUCAGGAGGACAUAUAUCCCAUGACUCCUGGGACAGAACCUGCUCUGUCUGCCGAUGAGUGGCUCAGUGGAAUCAACCGAGGUCCGGUGCUCAUGUCCUUGAAAGAGGGCUACAACAGACCAAACAAGCUGGUGUUCAAGGCUCCUGUGAAGGAGAAGAAGGGUGGAGUGGUCAAUGGGAUUGACCUGCUAGAAAACGUGCCUCCCCGUACAGAGAAUGAGCUCUUGCGGAUGUUCUUCAGGCAGCAGGAAGAGUUGCGGCGACUGAAGGACGAACUUACGCAGAAGGACAUUAAGAUUCGACAGCUUGAGCUGGAGCUCAAUAACAUAAGGAACAGCCCAAAUAUCAACAACAAUAACAACAGCAACAGCAGCAGCAGCAAUGGUAGCAGCAUUUGACAUUGGAUCUGUGCUGUGUCUAUUGAUUUCUGAAAGUGACACACUAUAAGCCCUGAGCGCUGCUGAAACACACAGGCUUCCUUUUGCCUAAAACUCCAAUAUCCCUCCUCUAAGACCACAGGAGAGCAAGUGCUUGUCUUUAUAAAGCAGUGUUUCGCUCUGACCCCCAGUGUUGACCCCACAGCUGCUGUGUGCUAAGUCGACUUUAUUGGAGUGAUGAUUCACUAGCCCUGUGAAAACUGUCCCAUCACGUGACCUUCAGUCACACUGUCGGUCUACCUGCAGUGGAUUGAUUCUCUCUAUGGAUUGGUUUUGGUACAAGCUAUUCAUUGCAUUGCCAUCUCAUAAUUGUAGACUAAAUUUAAUUAAUAGAAUUAUUUAUUUCUUUUUUUCUCUCUCUUUGUGCUACUUAGCCUCAUUCUAAACAGCUUAAUAAACUCCAUAUAGAGAAGAAAUGUGUUUUAAUAAGGUCAAACAGACGUGCUUCACUCAUCAAGCUGUUAUCUCAUGUAAACACUAGGUCUAUUGCAUCAUUUUGAUAUGACCCACAGUGCCGUUUUAAUGUAGAAACUCAAACACCACAGAGCAGCAAUCUUGCACGACAGAUGAUAUUUAUCCAGCUGACUUGCUCCUCAAUCUAGAAGUAUUGGGUUUGUACUAAUAUAAGCUGGGGAAUUUGUAGCUUCACAUAAUUUAGAUCCUUCUCACACUUUUCAAUGUGAAAUAUGUUCAAAUCAGUUUAUAGAGGCAAUUCAAAUGGGUUUUGAAGUUAAACUAAUUACACUUUGCACCAGAUGAAAACAUUCACAAAGGCCACAAAUUGUAAAAUCCAAUUAUGAAAAGAAUUAGUAAUAGAUGUAGUUUUAGAGACCUACACUGUAGUUCCGUAGGAAAGUAAAGUUUAAAGAGGACGUGACAAAAAGAAAGUUCAAGGAAUUAAAGAAUGAGAGGCAGAAAUUGGUUACAUUUUUGAUUCAGUAAGUUGAAUGAAUGGUAUAGCGACUUUAUUUUAAAGACUGACUGUGAUUUAUAAAGCAUAAUGAAGCAUUGUUACUUUCUUGUUACAUUUAAAUCAAACCUAUUUAUUGAUUUCCGUUUUCAGUUCAUACCUUCACAUGAAAUGUUUCAAGUUUUCAGGUUUGUAGCUUGUUACCAUGAAUUUACUGUGUCCUUUCCGUCCUGUAACAUUCUAAUUAUUGACCCUUUUAAACACACUGCUUCUUAGAUGGGAUGUAAGCUCUUAUGAAGUGCAUUGUGUUCCGCUUUGAACUUUCAAUGUAAACCCUUUCAAAUGUUUUAUUGCAAAGUGUACAAAUUCCUUGUGGGCAAAUAUAUUAUGCGCCACCGCCACGAAACACUCCAGGUGCAGUCACGCUCUUCAGUGCUCUCUAAACGUUACCCUAUUAAUUAUGAUUUAAAACAUUUAUUUUGGAGGGACAAACUGGACCAGCUCGUUCUUUACAGUUGAAUGGCACAUUUACUCGACCACCUAUGAGCUGAUGUGUUCAAAUGUUAUCCCUUUUAAAGUAUUCAGGUCCCUAAAUGAAAUUUCAUCAGUGGUUACAAAUAACCUCACUCGACCAGCACGAAAAGGAAAGUGUGAAUUUAGCAAGUGAGUGUUUGACAUUUUCCUGCUGUCGCUAUUUAAUGAAAACAAUAUGAGCCUCUAGCUUUGUAAAUAUUUUGCUUCAUAAAACAAUAACACAAA